CCAUCUGUCAUAACUUAGAUUUCAUGUGGGUCUGAAAAAAUUUGUCAGCUGUUCGAGGAGGCCGUCCACCUGUAACACUUCUCCAACUUUCUACAGAAAUCCCUCCCCUUUCAAAUGCCCAUCUGCUCCAACAAAAUUCAGUAUUCACUUCAUCUGUCAACUGCUUCAAUGGCCACACUCAUCACUACUUCACCUUCACCACUGUCCAAUCUUACAUGCACGCUCAAAAGCACGACCAAGAACCAAAAACUCCUAUGCAAUAAUGCCUCUUCUUUCACCAAGAAUCAUUCAUUUUCAAGGCAAUAUGUUUUAUCAUUUAGCAAACUCCAGUUUGUUCAAAAGAGUAGAAGGAAACUCGAUGUUAAGUGUGCACUUAAAGAAGAGCAAGAAAGUGAACAGAGUUCUACUGCUUCAUCAUCUCCCGUUGCAGUGGCAGAUGAAAAGCCAAGUGGAGAUACAAAUGGAAGUGAAGUGGAGGCUAGUAAAGAAGAUAAAGAACUUGAGUUGCAGCAAGAAAUGGACUGGAAAACAGAUGAGGAGUUCAAGAAGUUCAUGGGGAACCCUUCAAUUGAAGCCGCGAUAAAGCUGGAGAAGAAAAGGGCUGACAGGAAGCUAAAAGAACUUGAUAGGGAGAGUAGUGGCAACCCACUUGUGAGAUUGUUUAAUAGACUUGUCAGAGAAAAUCUGACUAAAGAGAAAGAGAGGCUGGAGAAGGCUGAGGAGACUUUCAAGGCUCUUGACCUCAACAAGCUGAAGAGCUGUUUUGGAUUUGACACCUUUUUCGCAACGGAUGUUAGAAGAUUUGGAGAUGGCGGUAUUUUUAUUGGGAAUUUGAGGAAACCCAUUGAAGAGAUCAUUCCCAAGCUAGAGAAAAAAUUGUCUGAAGCAGCAGGAAGGGACGUUGUUGUCUGGUUUAUGGAGGAAAAGACAAAUGACAUUACCAAACAGGCUUGUGUGGUGCAACCAAAAGCAGAAAUGGAUCUCGAGUUUGAGUCAACUAAGUUGAGCACUCCUUGGGGUUAUGUUAGUGCGGUUGUUCUGUGUGUUGCAACUUUUGGGACUAUAGCUUUAAUGAGUGGCUUCUUCCUUAAACCUGAUGCUACAUUUGAUGAUUAUCUAGCUGAUGUUGUGCCUCUCUUUGGCGGCUUCAUUUCCAUUUUGGGAGUAUCUGAGAUAGCGACAAGAGUAACAGCAGCUCGUUGUAGUGUUAAAUUAAGCCCGUCUUUUCUUAUACCAUCCAAUUGGACCGGGUGCUUGGGGGUGAUGAACAAUUAUGAGUCACUGCUUCCAAAUAAGAAGGCUCUUUUCGACAUUCCUGUGGCUCGUACUGCAAGUGCAUAUUUGACAUCACUGGUUCUUGCAAUUGCUGCUUUUGUAUCUGAUGGUGGCUUCAACGGUGGUGAUAAUGCAUUGUAUAUAAGACCUCAGUUUUUCUACAACAACCCCUUGCUUUCAUUUAUCCAAUAUGUUAUUGGACCUUAUACGGAUGAUCUUGGGAAUGUAUUGCCCUAUGCGGUGGAAGGUGUAGGAGUUCCUUGUGAUCCUCUUGCAUUUGCUGGACUUUUAGGUAUGGUGGUCACCUCAUUGAACUUAUUGCCAUGUGGGAGACUCGAAGGAGGUCGCAUUGCCCAAGCGAUGUUCGGUAGAAGCACUGCUACUUUGUUAUCAUUUGGCACAUCACUUUUGCUUGGCAUCGGUGGUCUGACUGGAAGUGUACUUUGUUUGGCAUGGGGAUUGUUUGCGACUUUCUUCCGCGGUGGAGAAGAAAUACCUGCAAAGGAUGAGAUCACCCCAUUGGGAGACAGCAGGUAUGCUUGGGGUGUUGUCCUUGGCCUUAUCUGUUUCCUCACUCUGUUUCCCAACGGUGGAGGGACAUUUAACAGUUCAUUUCUCAGUGAUCCAUUUUUCCGGGGUGACUUGUAGAUGUAUGUAUACUUAAUCGUAGCAUCAAUUGUAUAUAUAUUUUAUAUAAUAGUAUCUUGGUUCA